AUGGCGUAUUCUUGUAGUUAUGAAACUCCAGAGCCUGAAAACACACAGUUGGUCAGUAAGUUAGGCAAGGAGGUCGAGCUGAAAACCUUCAAAACCAAUGCAACAGAUCAGAGACCGGAAAUGGAUGUACCUCGGUCGAUACAUAAAAGACUUUGUAUUUUAUGUGUUGGUGACUGGACUGGUGGUAAAUCAAAACAGAUUUAUGUAGACCAUUACAUGGGAAAUAAAGGAGGUACAGACCUACCUAUAAUUGGCGCAGAAUUUCGUCUGUACGAAAAGAAAGUCACCUUACCAGUUUUAUCCACACGUCAACAAAGAACUAUAUUCGUGAUGUUGGGUGAACGGGAAAGGCACAGCCGAAUGAUGAGAACUUAUUUGAAGAUAGGACCUCCUGUUGGGACUGUGGUAUUUUGGGGUCCAACGAUGCCUUCUUCUCUCGAUGGAGCAGUAAAAUGGAAAGAAGCCGUUCAAGAAAAUCUACCAUCUGCCAAAGACGAUCACUUUCCUUUCGUGUUACUCACUGACAACACUUGUUCCGUACAAUGGCUGGGAGAAAACAAGAUAUUCAAAGACAAACAAGCAAUGGACAGUUUUUGUGAACAAAAUGGGUUUCUAACAUGGUUUGAAAUGCUAGAAAGCAGCGAAAGACUUGGUGAAGACAAUGUGUUUGGUCGAGCAGUUGACAGCAUUGUAAAUAUUGAAAAAAGUUUCAUUUAA